GACGACAGUUUUUUUUUUUUUUUUUUUUUUUUAAUUUACGAACAGCACAAGGAAAGUGCUUUGUUGCAGGACUGCAUCCCGCCCUGGUUGCGCUCACUUCCUUCCGUUUCAGACCUCAAGUCACAGUCGACUCUCCUCUAUAUACUGUGUGUCACCUGCCGUUGGCGGUGCAACAGAUGUCCCGGGUUACGGUACCUUUGAUGCUGCACCAGAGAGAGGAAGUGAGCUUUGAAGUGAUGCUGAGGUGGAGUCGGGGGGUUGGGGGGUGGACUGCCGAUCAUCUUUCGCUCUGAGUGCAGUGUGACGUCUUUGAGACGCACUGCUUGCGUGUGCACCGCGGCGGUUCCCCCUCGAACCCAGCACCCCGGUGACGCACUCUCGCCAACUUUGGCCCGACGGAGCGCAGGAGCCACCUGGUCCCCACGGGACGCCGGGCCACUUCGCUCUCCGACACGCGGCGGCGGUAGCGCGCACAGACGUUCGGCCGCCCACACGUGCAGAAAAUACACACGCGCUGUCAGGAACAUACUGUGCGCCACAAAGGCCGCGUGCUCACACACACUCUCUCUCGCACCUGGGACACGGAAAGUUUCGGUUUCGGGAAGGUCGGCGCAACGAGCUCGUUCGAGGGGAUCGAGAAGCUGCACUUCUUCCUGCCGCCUCUCGGGGCUCCUGCAGCCGACAGCACUUCGAAGGCUCCGCGAAACACUCAGCGCUUCUGACAUUUUAACCACAUUAAAAUGAGGACCAUCUUCAACCCGGCGCCGGCCGUCGCAGACCUACACCCGGACUUCUUCCGAGUCUCUGACAUCUUCUGCUGCAACGAGACCGAGGCAGAGAUCUUGACGGGUUCGACUGUGACCGGCCCGGAGGAUGCUGGGAAGGUGGGGGCGGAGCUCUUGCGGCGGGGAUGCUGCUCCGUGAUUGUGACUCUUGGACCCCAGGGCUGCGUAGUGCUCUCUGCAGAGGACUCCUCCCCACUCCACAUCCCCACGGCCACUGUCACGGCGCUCGACACCACGGCGCUGGAGAGGAGUGCUGGCUUCUGCUCGAGCCCCCGUCAGCAGAGCCCGUUUCAUCACCCGCGAGCGUCAGCGCUGGCGGAACAAGAGGCUCGCAUGGCAGCGGGUCAUUACCCGGCGCAGGAAACGCCGCAGCUUUUGGACGAAUUCGAAAGCAAUCUGGACACAUCAUACGCGGCCCCCACAGCGAGUGUAAUUGAGGCCAGCUCCGCUUCCAUUUCACACGCGAGGAGCCUGGAGGACUUGGGGGGCGUGUGGAGGGGGAGGGUGCACCGUAGCUUCAGUAGGCCUGUGGGUGGUCGCUGUCCCACCCAGGCUGGUGGCUGGCCAGAAGCCGGACACGUCUCGGCCGGAUGUACAAGCAGCGGGACAGACCAACUUGUCCAAGUCAUGCGACUACAGCAGGGGUGGCUGGGUGGGAGGUGGCGGGGACCCAGAAAUAGAAAUCCACUGAUGAUACGAGGCGGCGCUGCCCCCGAAAGAUCAAGAGCACGGGGGGAUCAUUCCUGGAACCUGUUCUGCGCAGACCGGGGGCCGGCGUGAUUCUCAGAGGUCACGGCACAGAGGCGGGAGUGGCCGAGAUGCCGCUCGUGACUGAAAAUGGCAUCGCUCGCUUAACAGUGUGUUCUGUGGCGAUCUGAGUUGCCACCCCCCCCCCGCUGAUGGUCUCCAUCACAGUGUGAGGCAGCAAAGAUACACCCACGUAGCGUCACACACAUCACUUCCAACCUGGGUACUCGGCCAUCUGCCAGGUUCUUGCUGCCAGAACCUUGUGAAGAGGAACAAACAGCGGAAUCUCCAGGGUGCGACUGCACAGGGGCAGCAGACACGGCCCAUCACGUGCUUUUCGAUCCUCCGAUUCCCAGCGUGCCGCGGGAGGCCAACGAGCAAGGUGGUCGGGCUUCUGUUCUGGGGGUGGCCGUGAAUCACAGCAGGGCUUUGCACUCAAUAAUGAGCCCCCUAGCGGGACUCCUUUGUUUCGGUAGCUAGUGCUCUCCAGUCCCAUGACCGGCGAUGCCCCUCACGGUGACAGACUGGAGGAAAGAAGAGGUCAACGGGGCUUGGCAGUUACCCAACGAGGGACUCGUCUGCUCCUUAAUCAGGCCGGGAGUGACCUGAAACGUGAACCCAGUCUCUAGGGAGCAAAGCGGCCCACUGAGCUGCUUUGUCGGGGGGGGGAUUGUACAAAGCCCACCUACCCGUAAGCUUCCCGUAAACGGUUCUCCUGAUGAGCGCCAGGCUGCCGAGGGGAUUGGUUUCAUCACUUGCUGUCAAACUGCAUCAGAGUGUCGUCUCGAGAUCAGAAAGCUUUGCAGUCAAAGAGUUGGAGGCCGCGCAGCGCUCCAAGAUAAGCCUUUUUUCCGACGGAAAAACUGACAGCUGAAGUACAAGGCGGGUUACCUUACGCACAUUCUCCAAGGUGAGCGAUGAAGGCGCGCGUGCGCGCGCACGCACGCACGCACGCACGCAGCUGGCGGGAAAGCGGCCUGUCGGAUUACUUUGUCCGAGAACCUAACAACCCCUCACGAUUUCGUCGUUUCAACGGUGAGUGACCCGACCGGACCUCGAGCAAACGGUGUCUGUGCUUGCCAACCCUGCGUUGGACGGACGGCGGUCGUCGCCUCGUAUGGAAACCGCAUCGCUGCCAGACGUGGCCGGCGGCCAGGCUGAGACAAACGGAGUGCUGUCAGUAAGCAAACUCCCAAAAUCACUGCCUCACUCAGCCGAACUCGCCAACCGUUCCGCGUUUCUGCAACCAAGCAACACCUGAGGAUGGACGCAGAUGGACCGGCGAGGACUCCUGGCGGUUGGAACUCUUCCCUUUCAGAGCUGUUUUUCCGGGCCUCGCACCUCGGUGGUGGGAGAUGAACCUUGACCUCUGCCCUUGCUUUUGCCCCCGGGCUUGCAGACGGGGCUGUGGGGGAGUGCCGGUGGUUGGGGGGGGGUAUUGUAGGUGUUGGAAACAGUGCAGAUGAGCUGUAAAAACAGAGCGGUGAGUAAUCAGCCAGGCUUGUGAGAACCAGCAUUCUGGCCAUCUGUGGUUAAAUCUGAGAGCAUCGCCACAUUCCUCUGUGCUUUCCCAUCAGCGAUCCUCCCCCCCUCCCCCCCGGUCGCAGCCAGCCGUCCUCUCUCCAGCCCUGCUGGCCACGAAUAUUCUUAAUAGUCAGUAAUGGAGAGACCCAAAGCCAAUGAAUUCCUCAGCUUUCCCUAAGAACCAGAGGCACUUGACCUGCAGAUUUAGCCAGUCGGGUCUGAUGCUGGAGAUGUGGAGGUCAAGGCCCAGAGCUCGGGGCAAGGAGAGGAGAAACCACCGUGAGAGACCCAUGAGGUUCUUUCACCUUCUCUCCAAUGUGAAGAGCCAAACAUACAAACACCUGUUCAGGUAUUCAUCUAGGGAAAGUAGCACGCACACACCCGAACGCAGCAUUGCAGAUUUAGUUUGAACUGGGAUCAAAAAUGUCAAAGAAAAACAAGACCCAGACGGGUUUCAGGAUCAGUGGCCAGACGUGUAGGUCAGUCCUAGAGAGGCGCUCAGCGCAGCUGUUGGAUUUGAAGGAAAUUAACUUCUCCAUUCUGGGCUUCCAGAGCCAACUGUAAUUUAAUUUCCCCCUCGCUAAACCGCAGUGUAAAAAAUGUCUGAGCCUCGCUCUCUCUGGCGCAGCUCUGGCUAUCGACCUAAUCCAGUUCCUGGUACCUCCUGGUGGCGCCGCCCACUUAGACACGUGUAAUCCAGCCUGGAAAGGGUGAGGCAGUUUAUUCCGUGCCAGAAACUCUCCUCGGCCUGCUAUUCAGCCAUUGUUGACUUUUCUGCAGUCAAUUUCUUGACGUUCUGCCAGGUGACUGUCCCUUUUCUCCAACGUGACGCAUAAAAUCAAAGAGCCAGAAUCGUGUGAUUUGGCUCCUUUCCUCUCCCCAGAACAAUGAAUCUGAGGGAACACUCUGUAUUUUAAUAAGCUGGUUUUCCAGACACACAGCAAGUUUAACUGGAGACUCAAAGGGAUUUUCAGCAGACAAUCCUUCUUGACAGUGUAAUUCAGUCCAUACAUAAGCUCAAUGUGAGUCUUAAACUACCUCUGUGUGUAACGUUUGUAUUUUUGAGUGCAAAGACGUGUACUCCAGCAGCUAUAGUGUGUGCGUUUGUUUGAGUGAGACAGAUUGCCCUGUGAUGGACUGGGGUCCUGUUCACACCCUACGCUUCUGGCAUUGUCUCUGGCCCACCGUGACCCUAUACUGUUAUAAGCAGUUACUGACAAUGGAUGGAUGUUAGAAAAGCUUUUGCUGCUCCAUAUCGAAAAGGUGAGAGGACCGAGGACUGGGACAUGCGGGACAGCAUUCUCAGACGAGUCAAAACGGCCGCGUGCUCAGAAAAAGGAAGCUCUCGUCUUUCUUGAUCGCUGUAGGGAAACAGGAUCAUCUUGUUAAGUGGAAAUACAAUUCCCUAGGAGUUUGACAGGAGUCAGAGUGCCCCCUGCUGCUGGUUCUCCGGUAAUUCAGGACGUUAAGCAUCUCAGUACGUGACUAAGAUCACUUGGUUUAAAUCUCAAGUGCUGCCAUCCUGUCCCCUCCAGGAAAGACAUUUAUACUCCUAGGCUUUUUAGAGCUUGUGGGAGAGAUGAUCCUUUCUUGCACAGCGUUACCGUUUCUUUCUCAUCCUGCACAGGGAGCUGGAGACAGUUUCAUCGGUGCCCUGGCCUUCUACAUGGCACGUUAUCCCACAAUUUCCCUGGAGGAGAUGGCCAGGAG